AAUUUUUUCACGUUCAUUCACGUCGCGUGUGCUGCAGCGAUUAAAUCAUCGUUAAACUCGACAGUUCUUGGGUCUCCGGCAGAAAUCUCAGUUUUUCUCCUUCCCUCAUUCAUCCAACGAUUUUCUAAAUAUUUUUAAAUCAUCCCCGGACCAUGGCCCACAAACACAACGGCAAAGUCGCCCCGCACGUCCACCAUCACGACGCCGGGGACGCGCACUCAGAAGGCUCACACUGUGAAUCCGACAUCCAGCCCAUCGUCUACCCGGAGAAUAUCCAGCGCCGGCUGAACGCCUUGAAGCACAUCCACAUGGACAUUCAAAAACACGAACAUCACAUGCACGUCCAAAUCUUCCAGCAGGAAGCGGACACGUACAAGAAGAUGCUGCCACUGCUGAAGAAACGUGCCGAGAUCAUCAGCGGCGUCCACGAACCCACCGCGGAGGAAGGACAGUUUAAGCUGAAGGACGAUGCCCCCGCACCGGAGACCACCCCGGCCGAUGGGCAGAAGGGAAUCGCGAAUUUCUGGCAGACGGUGCUGAUGAACAGCGGCCACACCGUGGAUCUGGUGGAGCAGCAUGACCAUGAGGUCCUCGAGUACCUGGUGGAUGUGCGCACGGUGUACACGGAGAAACCGUUGGGCUUCAAGCUGGAGUUUGAGUUCCGCGAGAAUCCCUGGUUUAGCAACAAAGUGCUGACGCGCGGGUAUGAGUUCGAGGAUGAAAUCAGCCGGGAAGAUCUGUAUUUGAUCACCGGACUGCAGCCUAAGACCACCCAGGGCACCGUCAUCGAGUGGAAGGACGGGAAGAAUCUGACCAAGAAGGAGAAGAUCACCUACCAGCGCAAUAAGAAGACGGGUGAGCGUCGGCAGAUGAAGACGGAGGAAGAGCAGGACACCUUCUUCUCCUUCUUCACCCCGGCCGUCACCGAUCUGCGCGCCCUGAUGAAAUCCCUGUCCGCGGCGGACGACAGCGUGGACACGGAGGUGCGAAUGGCCACGGCGCAGAAGAUCCAGGACGCCGAGAUGGAGUAUGAGCUGGCGUCGGUGCUGCGGACGCGCGUCAUCCCGCGGGCGCUCCUCAUCUUCACGGAGGAGGACGACGAGGAUGUGUACAGUGAUGAUGAGUUCGGGAAUGAGGACGAUGAAGAUGAAGACGAGGACGACGAUGAGGACGGCGCGGGCGAUGCUGGCGAGGAUGAGGACGAGGAGAGCGACGAUGAGCCGCCGGCCAAGAAGGGCGGCCACGGUCCCGGCGGGAUGAAGAAGGGUGUGGCGGGGACGCCGCCCGGAAAGGGCGCGGCCGGCAAACCGCGGAAGAAUUAAACAGGCGUGAUUGUGUUGAGUAGUCUCACGGCGGUGUUGGAUGGAACAGUUUCUUUCCUAACGACGAUUAUUUGAUGAUGAUGAUUGAUUGGAAGCGAUACGUGUUACUACACUCUACUAAAUGUCAAAGAGGUUUUUUCGGUUAUUUUACAUGUGGCGCGGAGUAGUUGCUUGUUCUUUCCGAGGGACUUGUCGCGGGUAGAAUUGGUUGGAUAUGCUAUUUUUUGUAUGGUUCUCACUUUACUCUGUCUGUUCUUCUCUCAUUUAACGUCCGCUGAUGUCGCGGCUUGACGCUGGCAUUAUUACCCUUGAAAUUGGGACGCUUUUUCGGUAUUAAAAUCAUGAUUAACGCGAA